AUGACACUGGAUCAUGCUUCAGAUACUGGUGGAUUAGGUAUUCUUGUUGGCACAGAAGUGCUGCUUUGUGGUGUAUUUAUUGCUCAUCCAAAAGAUUCACUUACAUUUUUAGAAGAAAAGCUCAGAGAAAUAAUGGCAAAGGGAUUAGAUACAUUACUAAAAAAAUUUUGUGCAAAAGAAUGGGACUUUUACAGCAGAAACUUAAUGAAGCUUUAUUUUGGAGAAUGGAUAAAAUAUAAUUUGCUGAAAAGGAAUGAGAAAAGCCAGAAGAUGGCUCUAGAAUAAGUCCAUUAUAAUAUCCAAAUAUUAAAAGUUGUCACACAGAAGUGGAACAUGUGGAUACUAACUGACAAGGAAAGAAAGACAUCUUUCUAUGCUGCUCCUGUUCCAAAAAAUUAUAGGAGUUUUUACUUAUGGCUGGACAAGAACUGUCCUCAGGGCCAGCUGGAAACCAUUUGCUUUGUAAAUUACAGUUUCCUAAAAAAGGUCUUUGGAGAUGUGCAAGAAAAAAUUCUCUUCAAUAUUAUGCAGAAGUGACAUCCAUGUGUGUUAUGUUUGAAUCUUUGAGGCUGCUCUUCUUUUCACUGGCCUAGCUUUAAAGCAGCUCAGGUACGGAAGAGGCAGAGGCUGAGUUAUUCAUUCAAGAUGGAGGAGGAACACUGCUUCCCCAGUUUACAGUAAAUGAGUUUAGCUCACUGCAGAAAAUUCACAGACAAAGGUUUACCAUACCUGGACUCUUGAAAAGUCUGUCACAAGAUCAUCUGUCUGGAAAUUCCAGGUUGCAUUCAGGUUUGUACUGGUGUCUUCAGAAAUACUGCCAAUGGCUGCAAUUGGAUUCAAGAUGUGCUAAUCAGCAAAAUGUUAACUCUUACAGACAGAUGUGUUACUUGCAUCUUAAAUAUUUCAACACUGAAUAACCAAAACACUGAUUUAAGUUUCAAGUUGAUGAGUAAAUGUUGCCCAUACAUCAGGCACAUUCAUGUGGCUGAUUGCCAGAAGAUUACAGAAGAUGGUGUUAAGAUGAUUUCAUCAUUGAAGCAUAUUCUUGUACUGCAUAUGGCAGACUGCACAAUGGUCAGUGAUGGAGUGUAAGUACUGAGUGUAAGGCCUUUUGUACAAGGUUCUUCAGGAGGUAAGCUAAGAGAGCUGAGUGGCCUGAGAGCCCUCGGCUGCCAUGGAAAAACAUUAGAACUUUCUCUAUCUCAAUGCAAAAAAUUCAGUGACAACAGGGUUCAGAAAGAAAAAACUUCACCUUUUUCUUGGGCAGAUUACCUGGAACACUGCCAUGUCUCAUACUGCCCAGAUGAAGCUGUGAAAACAGUGGCAUUUUACUGCCACAGACUGACUUCUGCCAACAUAGUGAAUUGCCCAAAGAUGAUGGAUACAUGUAUCCAAUACAUGGCUGCAGCCUGACAUUAUCUCCCCCUCUUGGACAUAUCAGGUUGUAUUCAUCUUACUAACAACCUGAAAUAUUUUUGGAAAGACUGUGAGCAACUCCAGAUUCUCACAACAUAGUACUCUAGAAAAAUAACCAAACAAGCUGUCUUGAAAUACACAGCUGAACUGGAGGAACAGGAACAUAAUGUUGACCCUCCUUCCUGGCUUGGAUAUGACUGGGAUGGUAACAUAUCACCUUCACCAAAAAACACAGAUCAGAGCCUGAAAAAACAAAUUCUUCAAAAUGAAAAAUGA